AUGACUGCCGCACCACUCCAUACUGCCGACAGAGCAGGACCGACUGAUAAUGCAAAAACCAGUGUCUCAUCAGCUGAGCCUGAAGGAAAGGACAUCCACUUCCAUGUCUCUUCACAGCACCUUCAGCUUGUAUCACCUUGGUUCAAGCGCGCCAUGACCAAAGAAGGGUGGGCCGAGUCUAAACUCACAAACGGACAUUACCAAGUUCGUGCUCAUGAUUGGGACGAGCAGGCAUUCCUCAUGGUACUGAACAUCUUUCACUUGCGUAACAAACAAGUACCAAGGAACGUACCGCUUGAGAUGCUUGCCAAGCUAGCUGUGCUGGUUGACUACUACGAAUGCGGCGAAGCUAUUGAGCUUUUCACAGCAAUGUGGAUCAACAAGGUCAAAGAGACCGCUAUACCGUCCAGCUACUGCCGCGACCUAAUCUUGUGGGUCUGGGUUGCGUGGGUGUUCGAUAUGCCUGAACAUUGCCAGCGUGCGACUGCUGUGGUGAUGAAGGAGCUUAAGGAGGCGAUGCCCACUCUGGGUUUGCCAUUCCCAAACUUUGUUUCAAGUGUGGUGAAUCUGAGACGUUGCCAGGCAAUAGAAUCAGUAAUCAGCGAUCUGCACAACCUGCUCGACGAGUACCGUAGCAGCAAAUACAAGUGCAAACAAAAUGCUGCCUUCUCGUUCCAGUGCAGUUCGCUUCUAUUGGGCGCACUCACGAAAGAGUUGGACAGUUGGUCGCUACUCUCUCCACGUCCAGAACCACCAUUUCUCGACCUCAGCUUCAGCAGCAUUUGCACCAAAAUUCGUGGUGUCAAGUCACUUACCUGUUUCGCCAAGAUUAACAUGAAUGGAUGGUUUUACGGCAGCGGACAUUCCUGCGAGCUGAGAACAGCUGUAGUGGCGAUCGUAGAAAAGGCAGCAUCCGGGGUAGUGGGCCUGAGCCUAGAUCAUAUCCGGGGAACUAGCAAGCCAUCGGAAACCAUCUCAUCCGAGUACAUCAGCAACUCAUAUGGGCUCGGCAGACGUUACGGUCUCGACUAUGCGGAUGAUUAUGACGAAGACUACCGCGACGAGUACCAUUACCACAACUACGACAGCGAUUAUUAG